CACACACUCCGGCAGCUCUGCUCCCUUAAUAAGCAUCCUAUGCUCUUCUGCUCAAGAUGGCGGUGCAGGCAGCGGAAAAAGACGGAAUAAAUGUGGAGGACGACCACCUGAACGACUCGCUGGGGAACCCCGGCCUCAUCUCACCUGACAAGGAAAUCUCCCGCCUGCUGACGGUGCCGUUCAGUGGACGCAUCCGGGGAGGCAUGCGGCCAGGGAAGAAGAUUAUAGUGAUGGGCAUAGUCGAACUGGAGCCAGAGAGCUUUGACGUGAGCCUGACCUGUGGUCGUGACUCGGAGAAGGACGGCACUCUGCACGACGUGGCCCUCAAACUCACCGCCCGCUUCAAUGACCGUCAGUUCAUGCGCAGCGCCCGCAUCGCCGGGAAGUGGACCGCGGAGGAGGCGUCCACCGACUACUUUCCCUUCAUCCCCGAUCAGCCUUUUAGGGUAAAGAUGCUUUUUCUGUGUUCACAUACCAGGUGGUUCUGGUGCCUCCUGUUUUGCAAGCAGGUGCAGGUUGUGAAUAUGUUGGGAUGCCCUCUUUGCUUCCAGCAUCAUUCUCCUUUGACCUGA